ACUGAGUACUUUGCUCUUGUGGGGUCAUUUCUCCUCGUCGGUCUCGAGGCCAUUAUCCGCGUCUUGACACUAGCUCUGCCCGCUGCGUCGUCGAUCCGCGAUGCUGCCGACUUCGUCGAGCUAUGCCGUGUCUGGGGCUACGAGGCAGAAGAGCAUAUAGUCCAGACAAAGGACGGCUUUCUCCUCGGUGUCCAUCGUCUCCAGUGGAGGAGGGGAGAGGAAAGCCAGGCCGUCAACAGCGGGCCUGGCAGCAUCAAGAAGAGGGUCGCUUACCUCCAUCACGGACUGUUGAUGAACUCGGAGGUCUGGGUCUGCAUGACGGAUGAGCAGCGAUGCCUUCCCUUCAAGCUGGUCGAGAGAGGAUUCGAUGUCUGGCUGGGCAAUAAUCGCGGAAACAAGUACUCGAAGAAGUCGAUACACGCCUCACCGACGUCGGUCGAGUUCUGGGACUUCUCCAUCGACGAAUUCGCCUUCCACGACAUCCCCAACACGAUAGAGUACAUUCUGGACACGACGCAGCAGGCGAGCCUGUCGUACAUUGGCUUCUCGCAGGGGACGGCGCAGGCGUUCGCGACGCUUGCGAUCCACCCGACGCUGAACCAAAAGGUCAACGUCUUCAUCGCGCUGGCACCGGCCAUGGCGCCGGCUGGCCUGUCCAACGGCGUGGUGGACUCGCUGAUCAAGGCGUCCCCGCAGGUGCUGUUUCUGCUGUUCGGGCGGCGGUCGAUCCUCAGCUCGGCGACCAUGUGGGAGACGCUCCUGUACCCCCCGCUGUUCUGCCGACUGAUCGACAUGGGGCUCUCGUUCCUCUUCAACUGGGACACGGCCAACAUAUCCGCGAGUCAGAAGCUGGCAGCCUACCCACACCUGUACUCGUUCACGAGCACCAAGAGUGUGGUGCACUGGUUCCAGAUCAUCCGCAACAAGUCGUUUCAGAUGUACGACGACGACGUAUACCAGCCCAUGAGCGUCACCUCUCCGCACAAGUUCUCCAAGGUGGCCAAGUACCCCACGCGCAACAUCCGCACCCCCGUCGUCCUCAUCUAUGGUGGCUCAGACUCCCUCGUCGACAUCAGGGCAAUGCUCCGCGAGCUGCCCGCCCAGACUGUCGCCACCGAGAUCCCCCACUACGAGCACCUCGACUUCCUCUGGGCCCGCGACGUCGACCGCCAGGUCUUCCAGCACGUCUUCGACGCCCUCGACAGCUUCACCGACGCCACCCACUCCAAGGAGGAGUACGACCGCUACUACGCCGUCCGUCACCACAGCCUGGUCGGCUCCGCCCGCCCCACGCCCUCGGCCCUCGGCAUCGUCACCGACCGGGUCGGCAGCUCCUCCCCCGGGGACCCUCCCCACCCGCCUUCCUCUCCCGACCCCCAGAUCAGGCAGCAUAUCGCCCGCGAGCAGAUCGCCAGGCUCAUCCGGGACAGGCAAGCCUCCUUCGACAGCCUCUCUCACCCGUCAAGCGACACCGACGACGUCCCCGCCACCACCACCGCCGUCGCUGCUGUUGCCGCUGAACCUUCAUCCACCGAGCCCCUCGUCAUCUCUUAA